AUGGAUUAUAUAAAUGAGAACAGCGAAGCUAUUGAGAAUUAUUAUGCAGAAAAGCGACCAUCGACGCCGGUCAAAAAUGGAGACCCGGUUAUGCGCUCUCGAGAAGAUGAUCUUUGUGUCUGGCAGUGUGCACUCCGAUUCAAAAAAAUGUCUUUAAUUGCUAUGAUCGCUGCAUUCAGUGCCUCGCUCGAUGGAUACCAGAUAAACUUGAACGGUGGUAUUGUCUCUAAUAAGGGGUUUAUCAGGCAGAUGGAGCCCCUGAAGACCACGGUCAUCGAGGGAAAAUACGUUUCAGCGUGGUCAGGUAUUCAGUCUGCAGGUCAGACCGUGGGCCAGAUCUUGCUUCAAUAUGCCACGGAGAGAUUCGGUCGCAAAAUAGCGUUGUACAUCAUUUGGGCUGAUCUAGUUGUUAGCAUCUUUAUCGAGACCUUUGCAACACGCUGGGACCACUGGCUUGUAGCCAAAUUGUUUUCGGGUAUGGGUGUGGGCAUGUUGCAAUCUACGCUGCCUCUGUACCUCUCUGAGCUUGCUCCAACACAACUGCGAGGAUUCUACAUCAACGCAUACAGCUUUUGGUUCGUUGUUGGUCAAAUCUUUGCUUCAGUGGCCUUGAACCAACUGGCCGCAAGAGAUCCCUACGAGUUCCGACUUCCGAUUUACACACAGUGGGCUAUGAUUGGGGCCAUCAUAUUUAUUUUUCUACUUCUUCCAGAGUCGCCAUGGUGGCUUGUAAGCAAAGGCAAGCUUGACAAGGCAGCCAAAGUGCUCAACUUUUUCAACGGCAAAGUCGAUGGAUAUGACGUCCAGGAGCAAAUCGAAGUCAUGACCACAACUGUCGCGCAGGAACGCAUCAUGGCAGAGCAGAACUCCGAGGAAGACACUUGGGCCGUUUUCAGAGGCCGCAACUUGAUCCGAUUUAUCAUUGCCAGUUGGCCAAAGAUCGUCCAGCAAUUUGUUGGCUUGUCCGUGUUCAACACCAAUGCUACCUACUUUUUUCAAAAUGCUGGAAACAAGAAUCCAUUUCAAGUCACCGUGAUUCUUUCAUGCGUCCAAUUAAUCUCAGUCCUUCUUACAGCCACAACCACUGAUAGAUUUGGUCGUCGACCUUUGACAGUCUAUCCUUACGCCGUGACUACUGUGUCUGUCUUGUGUCUUGGCAUCAUAGGAUGUUUUGAUUACACUAAGCCAUCUACAAGCUCGCUUUUGGUCUUCUUCGCUUGCCUGGCAACAUUGUCAACCACAGGUGCCUCAGCAAUCGGAUAUGCUUAUGCCGCGGAAGUUCCCCAACAGCGCCUCCGUGCAAAGACUGCAGGCUGGGCCCUUGCCUUUUCCAAUGCUAUUGCCAUCAUGCUUAGCUUCUGUACGCCACUGAUGAUCAAUGGCAGUGCUAAAUGGGGUGUUAAAACCGGCUUUUUCUUUGCUGGAACUGGAACAGUCUCGACAGUCAUUGCCUGGUUCAUCCUCCCCGAAUUAACCCGUCGCACUCCUGCUGAGAUUGAUGAAAUGUUCGAGAAGAAAGUUAGUCUUCGCAAAUUCAAAGGCUACGUGACAGAAGUUCAGAUGCGGGCCAACGAGCAACACCAGGAUGCGAAGCAUACCACCGCGUGA